CAUACCGUGUAGGGGUUUGUCCUUCCAUGAGGGUUCCUCGUCUUUCUUACCCUCCUCUGGUUUCUGCUGCCUGAGGUAUUCACUGAGCUCAUUAUCUGUUGGGGCAAUUUUCCUGAUGUAUUCAUGGAGCUUAAUUGUUUGAACACUGAAACAGCUAGAAUCCCAGGUCAGACUCACUGCUCAUAAGCAGUUGUUAAAGAAAAUGGAUGCUAGACAAUAGGAAAGCAUUUCUUCUUGUCUAUGCUUACUGCAGCCCAGACAAUUUAGCUUUAUAGUUAGAGAUUUGUAAAAUUGAGAGAGUCACUGUUGAUAGAUUUAUAAUCUGUGUUCAGCAUAAAUCUAAAGUGGCAGCAUAGGUUCAACUUUGGUAUGUUCCUAAGUCAGCAACAGGGGCUGUUGUUAAUGACAUCAGUGCUGCUUUGGGCAGUCACUUUAAAAGCAGCAGCAGAAGUAGUUUGGACUCAGUCAAGAGGGACUUAGUAGUGUAUUCAUCAAUGAAGAUGAUAUUUAAUGUUUAUCAUAGUCUUACCUCAGUAAAGUCCCGAUUGUAAGAAGGUUAAAUCUGGUUGUUUUGAUUUAUCAGCUCUUAAGAAUUUUUUAAAAUUAAUACCAUACCUUACUCUUUUUUUCCCUCUGAACAGAAAAUGGUGAUGAACUCUACACAUGUUUCAUAUUUUGCUUUAGAUGUCUAUUUUGAUUUGGGGGGUUUUAAACAUUUAUAUUUCUUCAUUUUUCUGUUGGUUUAUGUUUUCAUUGUGGGUGCCAACAUGUUGCUCAUUGUGGUUAUUUGUCUGAACAGAAGUUUACAUGAACCCAUGUACAUGUUUCUGUGCAGCCUGUUUGUGAAUGAGCUGUUUGGCAGCUCUGGGCUGUUUCCUUUCCUUCUGCUUCAGAUUCUCUCUGACGUUCACACUGUUUCUGUUCCCUUUUGUUUAGUGCAGGUUUUCUGUUUGUACACGUAUGGAAGUGUGGAAUUCACUAACUUGGCCAUCAUGUCUUAUGACCGAUACCUGGCUAUCUGUCAUCCUCUACAAUACAACACGUGUAUGACCUCUAGUAAGGUCACCUUGCUCAUAGCUGUUAUCUGGUUGCCUCCUGUUCUAGCGGUUCUUGUUUCAGUAUGUCUGACUGCCUCUUUACAGCUGUGUGGGAGCAUCAUAAAUAAAGUGUAUUGUGACAACUACUCCAUCAUAAAACUUUCAUGUUCUGACACCACAGUAAACAACAUCUAUGAACUUGUUGCUGCUUCUGUCACAGUUUAUGCUCCAGUGUCUCUUAUUUUUUACACUUACACGAGGAUUCUCAAUGUGUGUUUUUCUGGAUCCAAACAAACCCGACAGAAAGCCGCAAGUACCUGCACACCUCAUCUGGCUUCUCUGCUCAACUUCUCCUUUGGAGUUUCUUUUGGAAUAUUACAGACGAGAUUUAAUAUGAGCGGUGUACAAAACAUGGUGCAAAUAUUUUUGUCAUUGUACUACAUUACAUGCCAGCCGCUCUUCAACCCUGUAAUGUAUGGAUUGAACAUGAGCAAAAUACGUGUCAUAUGCAAAGGUCUAGUUUUAGGUUUGGCUGAAGUGUAGCUCAUCAUCAUCAUCAUCAUCAAAAUUUAAAUUUCUUGAGUAGCCAACCACUACAUAUUGUAUUUUACCAUUCAGAACCAAUGUUCUUUUACACUUACUGUUGUGAAUAAAUACUGCUUUAACCACUGUUCUGCAGAUUUAGAUACAGAGGUCUUGUUGUUCACCUCACUCAGAUUGUGGUUUAAUGUUUACUAGUGUAAAGGUUACUUUUUUAAAAUAUGCAAUCAAUGAGAGAGUGAAUUUGCUGAGGCCAGACUCAGCAGAGCUGUAAAACUAUGGAUCUAUACAGGAUAUUUACUCAUACUGUACUUAAACUCUUGGGGCAACUGAAUAAUAGUAUGAUCAAAGGAUUUUUGUAACGUGUCAGAGCUUAAGCCCCAUUGUCUGCAUAGAAGGCUUACUGAAAUAAAAAUUGCUCCUACAUGGUACGAACUACAUUACUGAGCUGAUAGAAAAAGAAAAAUGCCUAGUUUCAUAGAAAACUAUAAAAUACUGUAGUUGCUCUGGAGAGAUUUUAUGUUUUUCUUCUGUUUCUAUACAUUGCAAAGUGUCAGUGUAAUGUACUAAAACUACCAGCUCUGUGU